AUGGAUUUAAAAUGUGAAACAGAAAAUGAAAUAGAGGAGGACAAACAAAAAAGUGAAAACCCAAUACAUUCUUAUAUUAUAGAAAAAGAAAACAUAACCAAUAAUACACAAUCUGAAUGCAGUGAUAAUAAAAUUCAGGAUAUAAUUGAUGAGAAUAAAAAUAGUAAAAUAAAUUCGAGUGAGCAAGAGUUGGAAAAUGAAAAUUCUGGCAAGUUGGAAAAUGAAAAUUCUGGCAAGUUGGAAAAUGAAAAUUCUGACGAGUUGGGAAAUUAUAAAGAACCCUCUAAUAUUGAUAACAAUUUAGAUUCAAAAAAUAAACACAAUAUUGUAAAACAUUCUGAUAAUACUCAAAUAAAUUCCAUACAACAGCCAAAUGAGAUAUUAGAUAAUAUUCAAGAGGAUUGUUCCUCAAACGAACGAGUUCAAAUAAACCAUAACAAUGAAGAGGUGACUAGUUUCGAAAUUGAAAAGGGAGACAAUUUUGAGGAUGACAAUUUUUUUAGCAACUUUUCAGAUUUUCAAAAAGCCGAAGAAAAAAAUGUACAGGAAAAAAAAACACUAAUAGAUAUAUACAAUGAAAUGAAAAAUUACGAAGAAGACUUUUUAAGCACUUUUGAAAAAUCGUAUAAAAAAAAUAUAGAAAAUAUAUCUUUUAUGGAAAACGAAAACGAAAACGAAAAUGAAACAGAAUCAGAUAUCGAUCUUACAUCUAUAGAUUCUAUUUCCGCAUUUUUAAAUGAUGAAAAUGUUCAUAAUUUUAAUCCUAUACCCCUUGACCAUUAUAUUAGUCAAAACAUAAAUUAUUUUGUUCAAGAGCAAAUAAGAUUAAAUAAAAAAAUUAAAUUAAACAAAAGCCAUUUUAAUAAUAAAAAUUAUUACAACACCUUUCCUUCAAACCCUAAGCAAAAAAUAUUUAAGGAAUAUAAAAAAACAAUAUGGAAAUAA